AUGAACAUAGUGGAGUUCCUCUCAAGAAAAAUUGAUGAAGAGCUCCAAUUAAUAUAUGACCAAACAUGUGAGAUGGCAAUGUCUUAUAAGUUUAAGAAGAGGGAAAUAUUACAUUGUGGGCAUAAUUUGUGAAACAUAUGGCUGGUUUACAAUGGUAGAUUGAGGAUCUUAUGAGCAACCUCUAGACGAGGACCUAUAAUGUUCUAAGACCCUAAGGUUAAGGUCGGGGCCUUGGACCAUCUUGGUCAAAGCAUCGAAACCUAGACAUUACUCGGGCGAGAGGGAUGUAAUGUUAUUUGAAAUUUUUCUUAAAGAUUUACAAAGAUAUCUAAAUGCAAGUACCUCAUUGGAGGAAAAAAGGUUUUUGUUUGCAGCUUAUUCCUUGCAGGGCAUGCCAAGACAUGGUGGCAACUUUAG